AUGUCGAUCUCGGACCUGUACAACAUCAAGUCGAGCAUCGCUCGCUCCCGAGAGACUUCGCUACUCUCGCUCCCGGACCCCACCUCAUCCACCGGCAUCACGUCCAGGCUGUGCAACAUAUGCUACGCCAACCGCGCCGCCUACACGUGCCCGAGUUGCAACGCCCCUUACUGCUCCCUCGCCUGCUUCCGCUCCGAGGCGCACCGCGAAUGCUCCACAAGAUUCUCCGUUGCAACGCUCCGUUCCGAGCUCGCACCCGAAGAAGUCAUCGCAGAUGACGCCGAAAGGACCAAGACGAUGGACAUCCUCCGACGGCUGCAGGACCCCACGCUGCCCGUCGACGAAAGCGACGACGACGACGAUGGCCAGGACGACGGCGAGCAGGACGCUAGCUUCGGCGGCCGUGAGGUCAGCACAGACGAGCUAGAUGCCAUGUCGCCAGAUCAGCUCCUCGCUUUGCUCAGCCCCGACGAGCGCCAAAAGUUUGAGCUUUCCCUCUCGGAUCCGCAGAGGGCGCAGCAGCUGAUGGACGAGCUGGAACGCAAAGCCGCACGCCUCGCUCUGCCAGCCGGCUCCAUCAGUCCGAGCGUCUCACUUCCAGAAAUGACCCCGUCUUCCCUGGUCCAGCAGCGAUCGGUCAAAAGCGACGAGUUCGAGCCGCCAGUCGCCAGCAUCUGGCAGCAACAGGCUUGGUGGGAGACAUCCGACCUUUCUCCCGUGCCGCCCAAGCUGCUUGGAGACCCGGACCCCUUCAGACUGUUCGCGACCGCCAUCCGCAAGAUUCUCACUGCCUCCCCAGCUUCGUCGGCCCUCUCUACACCUGAGAGGGCGCCUGACCUUAGCUACAAUCUACUGGCCGUGUUGACGGCCUAUGCCUACAUCCUCCGACACCUCAAUCAGACCAGCCUCUCAUCUCUGCUGCCGCAGCCCACUUCCUUGGAAUCCUCAAAGGCAUCAGCAGCGCAGUGGUCUGACGUGGUCCCUUCUCGCGACCCGGCGGCGCUGAACAGAGCGGGAAAAGAAAAAGAAGACGACGACAUGCCGCCCCUCGAGCCCGACAUCCCUCCUUGUACCGCAUCGCCAACUCCACUCCGGCAGUCAGCAUCACGAGACAAUACAGCCCGAAUGCCUCUUGCUGCCUGUACGUCAGCAUCGAAAGAGACGGCACCACCUCGCAACGACGGAUCCUGGCAGCGUGUUCAGACGGGCCUUGAGGCCUUCCAGCUGCUAGACCAGCUCACGCCCUUUCUCACCGCGCUGCCGGCGUCGCCAGUGCGAUCGCCAAUCUCGAAGCAAUCCUUCGCAAAAGACUCGUCUGGCAUGCCUUCCGACCUGAGCCGCCUCGUGCUCGAAAGUGCCAACGACGCAUCCUUGUUCCUUCUGGCCAGGCUUCAAGAGGAUCAGGCGGGCGAUAAUGCUGCCAAGCUCCUGCUCCACCUGCUGCGCGACGUCGAGCUUCUUCUACAGACGGAGAAGGUUGUUGCUGAGCCCGACGGUGCGCCCCGAUACCAUGUCGCCUCAACCAUUCAGCCCGAAUCGGCCCGCUUUUCCGCGUCGCAACACGCGCUCGCCCUCAACGCCAUCUGGGACAUCUUCCACUUCCUCGAGCGCCUACCGUCAUCCUUGACUGUGCACAUGCCUCAAGACGGCAUCGACCCUCAAGUUCCCGCCGCCGCUCUGCAGAAGAGGGCGAAAGUGGCAGGGCAGAAGCUCGCGUACUAUGCGAGCAAGGCCUUCCUCACACCGCAAGAUCGAUCGGUGCACAGCGGUGCUUGUGCCGCAAAGCUGCUAGCAAGCGCACAGUUGGAGAUGCAGAGGUUGGCCUCCGAGCUACGGGAUCAAGACGACGCUGCCCGUCACGCAGCGAUGGCAAAGGUGCUGGUCAGGGAUCACGAUGCCGUCAGCAUUCUGCCGACCAGCUGA